ACGAUCUAAAUUUGACAAAAGUUUCUUUCAAGUCAAUAACACAACCUCAAAUUUCAUUUACAAAAAUACCCGUUUUAUGAAUUUUGUUUUUUAUUUGAUAAAUAAUCCAGGAAAUAAAUAAAAUUUCCAUAAAAAGAAUCUAUUAGAUAUAUGUCGAGAUAGUGGAACAUCUGUACGAGAGUUUCAUAGCUGUUGGAUAUAUAUUUUGAUAUGUUUAUUUUUUUAUUAUAAAAAUUUUUAUAUUUCAUAAUGUCUGCAGAAAAUAUAAUUGAUUUGGGCAAAUGUAGAAUCUGUCUUCAAAUGGAUUGUGAAAUGGACUCUUUCUUCAAUGUCUACUACGAAGAUUUGAGUUUAGCAAAAGUUUUCAGGAAUAUAACUUCAUUUGAUGUCGAAGAGGAUGAUCGUUUGCCAAAAAACAUUUGUAUAUCCUGUAGAUCAACUAUAAUUAAUUUCAAUAACUUGAUAUCAAUAUUUCAAGAUACCGAAGUCUAUCUCAAAAACCAGUUAUGUAAACAAGAAUUGCUUGAAGAUGUCUUCACAGAGGAAAUAAUUUUAGAAGAAACAGAAUGUGAUGAAGCUGAGGAGGAUCAUAAAGACUUUAAUUAUGAAACUGGCAAUAAAAUACAACAAAAUUUCAUGCAAUUAAACAAUGUGAAUGGUGAAUACGAUUAUAAAUGUGAUUAUAUCAGUGAACUUAGUGAAUUUUGUCCAAAAGAAGAUGUGAAUCAUUCCGAUCCUAAGGAUAAGUCGAAUAAUCAGAUUUCUGAGGUAAAAAAUACCCUUGAGAAACUUUCAGCUAACGGUGAAUUCAGAUAUGUAAAUGCUGUCAAAUACAUAUGUGAAUGUGGUGAUUCUUUUCUAUAUAAAAUGGGUUUUCGCCACCAUAAGCAAUACAGGCAUAAUGUUAUAUUAGAUGAAGACGAUUUUCAGAAAUACUCUGAGGCAAUUCAGUUGACAAUCCCAACGGGUUAUUCCAACCCUAUUGAAUAUGUUUCUCCCAGACAGUUGCUGAAAAGAAACAAGUUGGUUUGUAGAAUAUGUUCAACUAAAUUCGAAACUAAGGAAGAAGUUAAAGUACACGAAGAAAUUCAUAAAACUCAUAUAUGUGAUAAAUGCGGAGCAGCAUUCUUAAAGAAGAGUUAUCUACAAGAUCAUCAACUUAUGCAUUCAGAAGAAAGGCGUUAUGGUUGUAAAGUGUGUGGAAAAGCAUUUAAACACCGACACACUUUAAGUGUACAUAAAAAGACUCACGAAGACGUUAGAGGGUUCAUUUGUGAAGUCUGUGGUGACAGUUUUAGAGCGAGAGCAACCCUUCACACUCAUACUCUCCUUAAACAUAGCGACAUUAAAAAUUUCCCUUGUCCUAGUUGUAAUUUACGUUUCAAUUUGAAAUCGUCCCGAGAUAAACAUUUUGUGAGGAAACAUACAUUCAACAGGGAAAAAAGUUUUGUUUGUAGUAAAUGUGGGGCUGCCUAUUUGAAUAAAACAACGUUAACUCGGCAUAUUUCAGAUAAACAUUUAGGGCAAGCGAAAUAUUAUCAUUGCACAAUAUGUGAAAAUAAAAUGUACGUUAUGAAGAAGGGAUUAAGGACUCAUAUGAUGAAAAAACAUGGUAUAUUUGAUGUAUAACGACUGUAUUUGUUAAUUUAAUAAGUAUUUUUUACUACAUGUUACUAAUUAUUAAAAAAAUUCUUACUGGAUUAAAGUUAUACACUUGUA